CUGCCCCGUGCCCAGCCCCUCGGUCCGGACUCUCUGCUGCUGCCAUGGCGCCGCCGCCGCCUCCGAGCGCCGGCGCCGUGUGCUGCAUGUGCGGCGACCAGGGCCUCCCCGGCGAGCUGUUCCGCUGCAGGCGCUGCCGCGGCCGGCUGCAGCACCGGUACUGCAGCGACCUGUACCCGAGGGCGGCCGCGUACCGGCGGUGCAACUGGUGCCUGCGGGAGCCGCUACCCGACCACGGCGGGCGACCGAGCCACGCCGCCGCGGCGGUGGCUAAUAACAGUAGUCCCAAGGAGAAGCGGAAGACGGCACCGGCGGCGUCCGGUGAGGAGAGGCAGCAGCGCCACGAGGGGUGCUCGUCGAGGAGGCCGCCCGCGGAGCCUGGCCGCCCGGUGAAGAAGAAGCACAAGGCCGAGGAGAGGACGCCGCCGCCGCCGCCGAAGCCGAAGGAGAUUAUUAUUACCGAUGCCAGCGGCAGCAGCAAGGAAGUGAUGCGCGCGGGGAAGACUCGGGUGCACAGGGUGAGGGUGCAGCGGUACAAGCUCCUGGCCGAGGUCAUCAGCUGCUAGUACAUGAUGUAGCCAAGACAGAAGACACCAUGGCAGCACCUGGAUCGAUGGAUGAAAAUGCCAGAGCCAAUGUACAGCUACAGUAGAUAUACUAUCGCUAUGCAGAUUUGGGAGGCAGCCAGCAGUCAGCUGACGCGCCCAAAUGCACGCGACAAAUAAAAUACAGAGUCCGUUCCCUUGAAAUUUUUUUUUACGGCAAAUCUCUUGCCGUUCAAAAAAAACACACGAUCGGCAAACACUAGCAGCAACGACUGCCGCUCCAUCAAUAACACCGAGGUUAUGAUUAGGUUUAA